AUGCUGCUACUAUUCCUCCUUGGGGCAGCCACAGGCAGAUGUCUACAUGACGAGACUCAGAAGUCCGUGAGCCUUCUCAGGCCCCCUUUUUCCCAAAUGGCCCCAGACUUCCGCUCCUCCUACCUCACCCUCCCCAACUCCCUUGAUCCUCAACCCCUCCGAAUCCAAACUUACUAUAUAGGAGAGCCUACAUCUGAUGGAGCUUGGGAUCCUGAGGGGGAUGUAAUGAGAGGGAGAUCCCAAGCCCUGACUGCAGUGAGAGAGGCCACUCAGCGAAUCCAUGGUGUCCUAGCAGUGCAAGGACCCCUGCUUCUGAGUCGAGAUCCUACACAGUACUGUCAUGCUGUCUGGGGAGACCCAGAUACCCCAAACUACCACAGGUGCAGCCUCUUGAACCUAGGGUACAAAGGAGAGACUUGCCUGGGAGCAAAGAUACCUGAUGCCCAUCUUCAUGGUUAUACCUUGUGGCCAGAGCAGGGUCCCCCACAACUGAUCCAGCCAGAUGGGCCUGGGGUCCAGAACACUGAUUUUCUCCUAUAUGUGCGGAUUGCCCACACUUCCAGGUGCCACCAAGAGGCCACACUUCAUGAAUUGCUCCAUAUCCUGGGCUUCUCUGGACAGCUUUUCAAGAAGUGGCGGGAUUGCCCCUCCGGACUCAACAUUAGAGAGAAUUGUUCUACAAGGCAACAAGUGACAAGGCGAGAUAAGUGGGGACAGCUGCUUCUCACCACYCCAACUGUUAGCCACAGCCUGGCCAAACACUUGGGAGUAUUAGGGGUUUCUCUGGGUGUUCCCCUGGAAGAAGAGCAGGGCCCUUCAUCCUCACACUGGGAGGCCAGACUGCUCCAGGGUUCUAUAAUGGCUGCUACCUUCAAUGGUGCCCAGCGCACUCAACUUGACUCAGUCACUCUUGCUGCCUUCCAAGAUUCAGGCUGGUAUCAGGUCAACCACAGUGCUGCAGAGGAGCUGUUGUGGGGCAAGGGAUCUGGUCUAGAAUUUGGCUUGGUGACCACAUGUGGGACCAGCUCCUCAGACUUCUUCUGUACUGGCAGUGGGAUGGGCUGCCACUACCUGCACUUGGACAAGGGAAGCUGUUCCUCAGACCCCACACUGGAAGGCUGCCGCAUGUACAAGCCCCUCGCCAACAGAAGUGAAUGCUGGAAGAAGGAAAAUGGGCUCCCAGCUGGGACAGAGAAUCCCCAUGGGGAGAUCUACCAUUCCCAGAGUCGCUGCUUCCUUGCCAACCUCACCUUACAACGGCUCCCUGGGGAUAAGACCAGCCAUCCCUCUCAGAUCCCAAAUCUCAAGGAAGCAAAGCUCACUGGCCGUUGUUAUUUACAUCAAUGUACCCAAAGAGGAGCAUAUGAGGUGCAAGUAGAGGGAUCACCUUGGGUCUCGUGUCGUCCAGGAAAGGCUAUUCAGAUACCUGGGUAUCAUGGUCUUCUCUACUGUCCCCAAGGUCGGCUAUGUCAGGCCAAUGAAGGUAACAACUCUGUUACUUCUCUACCUGUGAAUCUUUCAACCCAAGAAGUGCUAUUCAAGCUGUCUUUAUGAUUAGCUGGACCCCCAGGCCACACACUGCAGGAAGAACAGAAAGAAGAGCUGGCUGAAGCAGUACUGCAGGCCCUGGUGAACAGAAGUGGCACUGGCAGGUGCUAUUUCCAUAGCCCAUCAAUUACCACUAGUUUGGUGUUCACUGUGCAUAUGUGGAAAUCCCCUGGCUGCCAAGGGCCUUCGGUUGCUAUGCUGUACAAGGCCCUCACCCUGACUCUUCAGGAGAAGCCCUUAGAAGUGUAUCAUGGAGAAGCCAGUUUUACCACAGAAUAUAUCAAGUUGCUGGUUUCCUGGGACCAUAAUCCUUCCACGACCCAAAUCACUCUGUCUGUGGGACUCUGCCUACUGCUGCUAAUUCUGGUGGGUGCAACAGGAAUUGUGGCCUAUCAGAAACAAGCAACUCUUCAGGUGGGACCAUCUGCCCCAUAACAUUACUUGAUACAUGAUACACAAGGGACCCAACUGGAUGAACAAAAGAAGCAUGAUGUUACCCAGAACAUGACAGGGUGUAGCAUAGAUUAUUUAAGACACAACUAGAUGGAAAAAUCUGUUAUGUACACCUUUCUACUUUCCCUGGAAUGCCUCCUUCCAGGUUAUCAACUUCAUACUAGUCUGGCAAUGGAGGGGUGGGGUGAAAAACUAGAGUCUCAUGGUUAUAAAAAUUUAUUUUGGUACAAAAAAAUAAACUAACCUGUAAAGUAUCACUUAUUUUCACACUGUCUUUUUGUUAUUUUGGUACUAAGGAUUGAACUCAGGGACACUUUACUACUGAGUCCUUUUUACUUGUUGGGACAAGGUCUCAAGAAGUUGCUUAAGUUGGUCUGGAACUUGCAAUCCUCCUGCCUCAACCUCCUUAGUAGAUGGGAUUACAGAUGUGUAACACCACAUCCAGCUAUUUACAUACUAUUGUAGAGCAACAACAGACACAUCUGCUACAGACUUCAAUAUCAUGUGUGCUUUAGAAAAAGUUCAUUACAAUUUGGUAUUUUAUCAAUUUUCAUUGCUAAUUGGGGUCAAACAGUGUGAAGGAGGGAGUAACUAAUUAUCUCCCUUUCCUGAUUUUCCAUAAUUUUACUAAAUCUCCACUGGGAGACCCAGUGGUUGGGAUGUUGCAUAAUUAUGCUAGAGUAUGGGAAGGGUAGUAAAACCAGAAUCCCACCAAACUAUAAAAAUAUCUUUCCUUAGUCAUGGUAGCAUAUGCUCAUAAAUGAGCAACUUGGGAAGCUAAGGCAAGAAAACUCCAAGUUUGGGGCCAGCCUCAGCAACCUAGUAAGACUCUGUCUCAA